AUGUUAGCUGACAACUCAUCUCAGAUGUGCAAGGAUUACAAACAACAGCAUUACCUCCUGCUGCCUGGCUACAUCCUGAUAUUCAUUACAGGUUUGGUACUGAAUGUGGUGGCUCUGUGGAUACUUGUUCGCUGCCUGCGCCUGAAGUCUGUAGUGAUGAUCUACAUGUUCAACCUGGCUGUGAGUGACCUCACCUUCACGCUCCCUCUGCCACUGCGACUCUACUACUAUUCCAACCACAAGUGGCCCUUUGGUGAGAUCCUGUGCCAGGUCUCUGGUUCUGUCUUCCAGAUCAACAUGUAUGGUAGCUGCAUCUUCCUCAUGUGCAUCAACCUGGAUCGCUAUGUCGCCAUUGUCCAUCCACUUCGCUGGCGGCAUCUGCGGCGCCCCAAGGUGGCCAGGCUCCUGUGCCUCGUUGUCUGGGUAGUGAUUCUCAUGGGCUCCAUCCCCACAGCUAUAUACCACAAGCAAAACCACUGUGUGUCAGAGAAUCAGACCACGUAUCUGUGCUUUGAAAGCUUUAGUGACAACAUGUGGCAGAACAACCUCUUCCCCCUAGUUGUCCUGGCUGAAAUCCUGGGUUUCCUCCUGCCUCUGAGCUCUGUGACGUACUGCUCAAUUCAGAUCUUUCGGGAGCUCUGUCAAGCCAGGCAGACAAAGACCCUGCGACAGCAGAAGACAGUCCGUCUCCUCGUGGUCAACCUGGUCAUCUUCAUCAUCUGCUUUGUGCCCUACAACACUACCUUGGCAGUAUACGGGUUGCUAAAGGCCAAGGUGAUUAAUGUACAACCAGAAACACAGACCUCUGUGCGCGACGUGUUAAUUAGGACAAUGCUGUUGGCCAGUAUGAACUGCACGCUGGACCCCCUGAUCUACUACUUUAGCACUGAAGGUUUCCGUAACACCUUUAAGAAACUGCGACAGGGACAAACCUGGGACUCAGAUACAGGGAUGCUUAAGAGUCAGGUUGUGGAGCAAAAGUCAACUCAAAACCAUGCUGCCACAAAAACAAAACAGUUCCCAUCUAAAAAUGUUAUCUGUCCCAAUGAAUCUUUGCCAACUCUUCCUACUGCAGUAUUUUUGAAUGACCUUAUUCAGGACUCAGAAAUAUAACCACAGAAGGUCAUAGCAUUACUGAGUUGCAGAGUGGCCCAUUCAAUAAUUACAGCGAGACUGUGGGAAGCAGACCAAGGUAACUUAGCAAACUGUUUGAGGGAGCACAGCAGGCUGUAUGUGGGUGAAUAUGAUGAUUCAAAGCUGAAGGAUGAAAGGUUGUUUUUGAAUAAACAGAUACAUUGGUGACAUGGUC